AAUUACUUGCAUACCAACGCUUCACUGUUGUAAAGCAGUUUCAAUGCUGAAGAUGGACCAUGCAAACAUGACCCAAACCAUGCUCAAUGCUGAAACCCGUAACGUGGAGAAGAGCAAUGGCAAUGAGUAUUUCUACAUCCUGAUAGUAAUGUCUUUCUACGGGAUCUUCCUGAUAGGGAUAAUGUUGGGCUACAUGAAAUCUAAAAGAAAAGAGAAGAAGUCCAACUUGCUUCUGCUCUACAAAGAUGAGGAGAGAGAAUGGGGGGAAGCUGUGAAGCCUCUACCAACCAUAUCGGGGCUGAAAGCCGUGCAGAUCCCCAUGAUGCUGAACAUGCUGCAGGAGAGCAUGGUGCCUCCUCUGUCCUGUGCCAUCUGCUCCAUGGAAGGCAGCAGCGUGAGCUCCGAGUCCUCUUCCCCAGAUGUACACUUCACCAUCCAGGAGGAAGUGCUGGAUGCUGAACUAGGGGAAGCGUCAGAAACGCUUCUCAAUGAGAGCAGCGAGGGCUCUGCAGAAAACAUCCACAAGAACUCCUAGCAGUGGCAGGGGCCACUGCGUCAGCCAGCAGAAGCGUGAGUAGAUCUGCCAC